UUAGUAAGCAGAAAAAGAAGUCGCGCGUGCGCAGGCCCUUCUCGCGCUGGCCUGCCGGAAGCUAAGAUGGCGUUUAUGUGUUUCCCAGUCCGAAGUUGGCGCCGUAUUUGUAUGUGAACCGGUGUUUUCUAAAAGACCGUGGCAUAAGCCCUUUCCGCCGCCAUGGCACGACAUCGGAAUGUUCGAGGCUAUAACUAUGAUGAAGAUUUUGAAGAUGAUGAUCUCUACAGCCAGUCUUUAGAGGAUGAUUAUUGUAUUUCUCCAUCAACAGCUGCUCAGUUUAUUUACUCACGACGUGACAACCCAUCAGAAGGAUAUGAUUAUGAAGAUGUGAAGGAUUCCUCCAAUUCUCUCUUGAGUCACCAACAGAGUGGAAUUGAUCAAGCUCGUCUUUAUUCGUGUCUUGAUCACUUAAGAGAGAUACUUGGAGAAGCUGUACCAGAUGAUGUAUUGAUUGAAGCAGUUUUGAAGAACAAGUUUGAUGUGCAGAAGGCUUUGUCAAUGGUUCUGGAACAAGAUACCAUGCAGACUUUGAAGGUCAAUAGUGAGGGGGCAGAAUCUACAGAAAAGAUAUCAAAAGGCGUCUUAUUAUCUUCCUCUGAAAUUUCAGCUGAUAAUGUUGAGAGCUCUUGUCCUCAAUCUGUAAACCAUAUGGAAUACAGUGGCAAACCACUUGAUUUUUCUAGCCCAGUAGCAAAAUACGGAUUACAUCAUAAUUCUUCAGUUGUACCAAGUCACUAUUUAUUCCAUAAAAAAAAGAAACUUGACAGACCUAAAAGUGAAAAGGAACUAGAAUCAUGUAAGUUAACAAAAGGGCUGUCACUAGUUGACCUCAUGGAUGAUGUGCCAAGAAAUUCUUAUAAACAGUCAACAGUUAGGUUAUUAGCUACAGACAGUCUGGAAGGUUUACUUUCAAAGAACCAAGAUGCUGAUUUGUUAAGAUCUCAUGCAUCUGAAUGUGUUUCCAAAGAUGAUUCUGCAUUCAAAGGAAUACCAGAUUUAAAAUCUUUAAUGGUAAAGAACACAACACCCAACAAUUCUGUCCUUAAUCAAAAUAACUCACUACCUGAUUUACAAGCCAUUCCACUUCAGAACAGCUUAGAAAGUUUAAACCAUCCUUUGAACCUAACUGACUCAUUGGAAAAUACAGCUCUUCAUAACUUAAAUGCUAGUAAAAUGACUGAUAUUGGAAAUGUUUCUUCAGUUGAAAAGCGUGCCAAGAAUUACAUUUUAAAAAAAGACAGUUUACAGUUUUCCCAAUGUGAAAAUCCAUCCCUAGCUGAACUGCUUCAGGAACACAAAGAAAAUAAUCCAAGCCAAUGCUUUCCUUUAUCCGCUAUUUGUAACCAGUCAUCUACCAGUUUCACAGAUCUAAGUUUGGGGUCCUUUCCUUUGUCACAACUAGCAAAUCGGUGUCAUUCUCCAACUGGAGUGUCAGAAUUAACAGGAUCUCUGUCAUCUUUGGCAUUUUGUAAACCUUCUCCUACACGAGACCUUGAGAAUCUGUCACUCUCUGAUUUGAUUGCAGAAACAAUUGACAUAGACAAUUCACAGAUUAAGAAAGAUCCCUUUAAAUUCAGUUUAUCUGAAAUCAGUUCACCUGGAAUAGAUUCAGAUAUUGACCUGAGUGUCCUUAUAAAAAACCCCAAUUUUGUUCCAAAACCUGUAAUAGAUCAACCACUUUCUCCAAUAUUAGGAACCAAACUUGUAAAUUCAAAAUUAGGAAAAAAUUCCAGUUCCGCUAAGGAUAAGAAAAGCAGUAAAGACCCUCUGACAAGGAAAUCACCUUUCUCUCUUUCUUGGACCAAGGCCCUUGCUGCUAAACCUUCAGCUUUUGCUUCAACACUGUGUCUUCGUUACCCAUUGAAAAGCUGCAAGCGACGCACUCUUGACCUCUAUAAGACUUUUCUGUACAGUAGACAAGUUCAAGAUGUCAAGGACAAAGAAAUAAGUCCUCUUACAGCAAUAACACCCUUUGACUUCAAAUCAGCAUCUCCUGAUGACAUUGUAAAAGCUAACCAAAAGAAAGUUUUUACUAGAGAAUAGUAACAAAAGGCAACUUGAUAACUGUUGUAAAGCUUUUUAUUUGAAAUUAAUUUAAAGUCUCUAGAUUUGCUUUAUAUUAUGGGAUUUAAGUUGUGAUUUUUAUACAGCAUUGUCUUAAGUCAGUUAACAAUUUUAGUUAAUAUCUAUUUUUGCACUGAAAAUUUUUUACAAUUAGUGAUAACUGACUUUGACAUCCUAUAAUGGGUGCAUGUUUACAGAGUGCAUAAGAAAACUCAAUAUUGUGAAAUAAAACCUCAGAUAUUUUUGUUGAAGCAUUCAAUUUUAUAAAUUUUUACAGUAAGAUAUUUUUAUUAUUUUUUGGUUUUUAUUCUUAAACAAAAAUGCUUUGACUUGGGCCUGUUAUACCUUAGUGAUGAAUUUUUUUCUUAGGCUAUGCGACAUAGUAUAACUAAGACAUAACUAUAUUUUAAAAUAUUAGUACUAUCAUUCCCAGUUUCAUUAUUUUUUUGUAAGUGAAUACUAUUUUUUUUCCUAUUAGAAACUCUUGAACUUCCUGACUUUUAUGAGGAUGGUAGAAGUGACUGAAUUACAUUUUUUGAUGAUAAUAAAAUGGAGAUCCUUUAAGGGACCAUGUAAAUAUUAAAGCUGAACUAAUAAAUAAUCUAUUUUUUUAUGCAUUUUAGGAGCCAUUUGUCUUAAGUACACACUUUAAAAUAAAUACCUAGAAAGUGUUUUCAAGUAUGGUUGCAUGUUCUUUGUAUAGACAAUUUAUUUGAUCAGGUCUUUUAUACAACUUUUUACUGUAAUAAAUGAUGGAGUUUUCCUCUUUUCUACUGACACCUUUAUGUACUAUACUGACAAAGUUUUAGCCAUUACAGAACAAAUAAGGCUGCAUCUAAUCAGAAUGCCAAGAAUGUAGUUAAUCUCUUAAAGCAGUGAUCCUCUACUGUCAGUUAGAAUAGCAGAGAGAAUUUUUUGAAACAUAGAUACUGUGACUUCACUUCAGAUGUGGUAAUCAAUUUUUGAGGGAUAUCCUUUGGAUUGUAUAUUUUCAAACAGACCCUAAGGUUUGAGAAUCAUUGCCUUAAAGAAAUGAAUAGAAUGAAAGGAGCUGGUAGUUCUAAGAAUAAUAUCUGACAAACUUGAAUGUAUAGUUCAUGAUUUUUUUUUUUUUUUUACAAUCAGGAAUAACAAGGAAAAUUGCUAGUUAGGGACUGUGGUCAUUGGUCAUCUGCAUACAGGGAUGCUAUUAUUAAUUUUUUUUUUUGGUUAAAAAUUGUAUAUAAAUUGUUACUUCUUAGUGAAAGUAAAAUAGAUGGGUUAUGUUUUCCUGGGAAGUGUUUUCCUCUGGCAGCUACUUUGCCAUGAAUUAGAUAAUUUUUUUAUGUAUCUUGUUUCUGUUCAUUUUUAUUAUGACAUUCCAGUAACAGUAUUAUUGGGUUUGGUGUGUAUUGUAUUUUUUUAAUUUAGUGUUUUGGUGGGAACACUUGUUAGCAUUAUGUCUUCAUUGUUCUUGCCUAAAGAAGUUCUUGUGAUGUCUCAGGUUUUUUUAGUCUAGUCAAAAACUGUGCAUUCCUUAUAAUGCUUAGGUCCUAUAAAUCACAAGUUAUAUUUUAUGAUCCAUUUUAAACUUUAUAUUAACCCAAUGGCUGACUUUGUUCUAGUGUUGAAUCUUAACAUUUUAGUAAUUUUGAGCUGUCAAGUCUAUGACUCACCAACUAGAUUUAUAUAUAGGCAGUUUCCAACUUAGAAAGUAAACUGUACUCGAAGUUUGUAUGAACUGAUGAUAAGCUUGAUAUAUUCAUAAUACUAAACAAAUUGUCUGUUUUGCAUGAGUCUGCAGCUAUUUACUUAACCCAUAUUAAAGGAACAGUGAUACAGCUACUUUUGUCUUCUCUUAUAACACGUUGACUUUUCAAGUGUGAAUAUAUAUUCUUAGGCCUUACUGUAGGUCUUGUGGAAUGCCUCAUAUUUCCCUUUAUUGAUAAUUCGGGUUGUAACAAACUGAAUAAAUUAUUUCUUUGAAGGAAAAAUUCUGUAUUGUAGGAUGAAGGCAAUAGCGUUUAGCUGUUUCCCCUUGAUAGCUCCUGCUUUUGUACACGACAUGCACUCGCUCUGUUGACUAAGGAACUGUCGGUCUCAGAUUAAGAAGGUAGAAUCAAAAAGAACCCCACCCUUUUGCCUUUUGCCAUCUUAGUUCUAAAUGCUUCAAAGCUACUUUAAUUUUUUUUCAACUUUAACGCCACUUUAGUGAGUAAAUGUUAAGUUACAGAUUGUUGUUAUUGUGGGCCUUCAGUUCACAGCUCCUCGAGAUAGUUGUUAAUACACCUCACCCUCCACAAAACCAUUUUAAUUUUUGUUAUAAUCAAGUGUCUUAGUAAUUUGCUUGAGAAAUAAUACUAUAAUUGUAUCCUCAAUUAUAUAAAAUACAAAAGAAAUUUAAGGUGAUGGCUUUUCUCUCUCCCUCCCCCCCCUUUUUUUCUCCCUUACUAAAAGAUCUAAUGUUCAUGGAGGCUUUAUCCUUUUGCCUUUUAAGUUCUUUAUUUGACAUUGAUUAUGGCUUUAUCAUUAAGGCCAAGAAGCAGGGUUUCAUUUCUGUUCAGAACACAUUGCUUAAGUUUUCUUUCGCUUUACAUUCUUUUUCCUGUUUACUAUUAGCAACUUUCAUUCUCACUCUUCUUAGUUUUGAAUCCUUCUUUCUAGAGCUUUUAUCUCACCCUUUUCUUCUUAGAUAAGCAGUAAUACCUAUUCCCAGUAUCUCAUAUUUAAUUUGUAGUAGUCAGUGGGAAGUCUUGCAACUAGUAGUCACAUCAGGACAAAAGUAGAACAGUGCUUUUCUUUGCGUGUAAAAGGAAACAGUAUUAGGAUAAACAUUGUUAAAAGAAAAACUAUUGGAUUCUUAUAUGUGUGAUUGCUUCUUAAGUUGAUCCUGGAUUUAUAUUGGAAUCACUGCCAAUGAACAAGUAUGUAACUAUAUUUUGAGUGUAAGUUUUCUGUUCACAAGCAUAUAUAUUUAGUUUCAAACUUAGUUGAAGUUCUUAGAAAUUUUUUCUAUUACUUCAUAAAUGAUAGAAUGUAUAUGAACAAGUUGACCAGAUUAGGGGGGUGGUGAGAUUAAUAAGUUUGUUAAUGUAAAAAAAAAUCUAUAUUCCAACAAGGGCAACACAAGGGAAUAAAAAAAGUCCAUAUUCAUGUGAUCAUGUAAGAUUUAAUCAAUUUUUAUUGUAAAUUUAUUUUUUGGGUAUAUAAAAUUUGUCAUUUUAAGUGUCACAUUUUUGUAUAAAACUACAUUGAAAUAAAUUAUGAUUUUGAGAACUUCUUAAAUCAUUCUAAAACAUGUCCAUUUAUCCAUUAGGAUUUUUUUUUAUACAAACUUGAUAUUUUAGAAUGGUGCAUAACUUAUGCAGCUACUGCUUUAUGCAACUAUGAACAGAGUACUGGUGGUGAAGAAUUUCAUCUAAGAGAUUUAUUUAGAAUUAUUCCUAAUUUUACCUGUUUAUUCAUUUAUUUAUCUCUUUGAUAGAAACAGAAAUUGAGGGGGAAGGAAGAGAGGGAGAGAGAGACACUGGCAGUACUGCUUCACCACUCGUGAAGCUUCCCCUCUGCAAGUGGAACCAGGGGUUUGAACCUGAGUCCUUGCACGUGGUAAUAAUGUGUGCUCAAUCAGAAGUGCCAUCACCUAUCCCCUGAUUUCUUGCUUUCUAAAAGGUAACUCCCCCCCCCCCCCACAUUGUUUGGGACUUAGUUGGAAGUGUUACUGAAUUAAAGGUUUUUGUGAAUAUUGGUGAUACUAUUGCAAAGAUGGCAGUGAGUAAAAGCAAUAACAUCUUUCUGAAGUUGAAGUAUAUAUUUUUGGUUUACAUUUUAUCACUUAAAGGAGAGCAUCAUUUGAGUUGUAGAAGAUAUACCAAAAUGAACAAAGGUCUGAUUGGAGUGGGUAGUAUGACUACUUAGACAUAUAACUGUACUUGUUGUAGUCUCCAGAGCUGACGUCUUUGUCUUUCUGAUCUAAAUUCCUACCUCCUAUAUCAUGAUUUUUCUGACAACCCAGUAGAUUCCUAUCAUUGGUAGCAUUUAUGUUGCCUAAAAUGAUAAACUUGUGAAUACUGAACAAAAUAUACCAAGACUGACUUAGCAGGUUUUGAAUCAUUACUAUUAGAGGAAAUGCAAUUGCUUUGAUCCUCUGAUGACAACAUUUUUACCACCCAAUCAGUCCAUAGCCUUACAUAAUACUUUAUUAAUAUAUGCAUAUUUUAUAUUUUCUCUAUUAGCAUUUAACUCAUGGUCAACAGUGUGUCCUCAUGUCUGGACAAACUUAAUCUUAACACAUCUUUUAUUUGUAAGGCAGAUCACAGGUGCUUUGUACUUUGGGACACUAACUAGCACUUAAGUACUACUCUUAGAGGCCCCUACUUCAUUUGUUAUGUUCAUUAGUUCAUCACUGGCCUCUACUUCAUUUGUUAUGUUCAUUAGUUUUUUGCAGGACUGUUUAAAUAUUUAUCUGCUUUCUUUAUUAUUGUUAUUUUUUAAUUUUUUUAUCAGCACUGUUCAGUUCUGGCAUAUGGUGGUGUGACUGAAUCUGGCACUGUGAAACCUCAGGCAUGAGAAUCUGUUUGCAUUACCAUUAUGCUAUCCCUCCUGCCCUGUUGGUUUUCUUUAUAUCUUUCAAAACAAUUUCUAGAAGCUAAUUUAUUUUAUAACAUAUCUUGAGACUGGUUUGUGUUUUUGCAUCCCCUCACCCACACUUAAAAAGUCUGCCUUAAUACCUAUUAUGAGUCUCCUGCUUAUAUAGUACUUGCCCCCACACACUUCUUAUCCUUGUGUUUAUUCAUUUCAAGUUGUAGUUUAUAUAUUACUUUACUCCCAAUUCUAGAAUAAGGGGGACUUGGCAUGUACUAGUAGUACACUGUAUUCUUUUCAUUGCAGUCCCAUGUAAAAUCAAAGCCAUUUCUUCUUUUUCAUACACUGAUCCCUUUUCCUUGGAAUUUCAUGUGUUUACUACAAUAUCCUAGCACAUAUAAUUUAAUUUUUUUAUUUGUUUAUUGCUACCAGGGUUAUCACUGGAGCUUGGUGCCUGCGCGAUGAACCCUCUGCUCCUGGCAUCCAUUUUUCCUUCUUUAUUGGAUAGAACAGAGAGAAAUUGAGUGGGGGUGGGAAGACAGAGAGGGAGACACCUGUAGUGCUUGCUUUACUACUAGUGAAGCUUCCUGCAGGUGGGGAGAUAGGGCUUGAACCUAGCUCCUUGCACAUGUUAACACAUGUGCUCAGUCUAGUGCACUGCUGCCAGACCCUCACAUAUAUAUAUUUUUUCUUUUUUAAAUAUUUAUUUAUUUUCCCUUUUGUUGCUUUUGUUUUAUUGUUGUAGUUAUUAUUGUUAUUGAUGUGGUUGUUGUUGGAUAGGACAGAGAAAUGGAGAGAGGAGGGGAAGACAGAGACGGGGAGAGAAAGAUAGACACCUGCAGACCUGCUUCACCGCCCGUGAAGUGACUCCUCUGCAGGUGGGGCCUCACAUAUAUUUUAAUAUAAGUGGUUAGAUAAUAUUUUUGUUUCUGCAUCACUAAAACAUCUUGCCGAUUUUCCCUAAUAUUUACCUCAUUCUUUUUAAAAUGGUAAGAUUCCAUAAUAAGGUUGUGCCAUUUGAAAACCCCCUGUAAGCAUUUUAUUAUUCACUGUUAUUUCUAAUUAUUCCAAAGUGAACAUUCCUUAUUUAGUCAGAAUUCUAGCCCCAUAGUUAAUGGUACUUUAAAAUUUCUAAUGGAGAUUUUCUUUGUUGUCCAGUGUAGUUUUAGAAUGCUUCUAUAGGCACUUUUCAAAAGUACAAGUCUGUUGGAAAUAGAAGAUGUUAUUUUUUAAAAAGUGUUCACAUCAGAGUUUAGUAUCUUAUUAAAUUAUGUUUAUUUGAUUGAGUGUAGUCUGAGGCAAGUAAGUUUGAAAUAGAUACUUGCAUUUUUUUAUUUCAUCCUUUUAUUAUACAGGUUUGCUCAGUUUCUUUGGAUAUAUUAAAGAUGCAUCAUCUUUCUGUGUCUUUUUAAGUUUUUGUUAAUGUGAAAUUCUUUUUAGCUUGUUUUUUAAUUCAGUUUGUUAAAGUAACAUUUCAUUUGCUGCUAUCUGACUUUGUUUUGGGGGGCAUCCAUGCUGUUUCUUUCACUGUCUUGAACUUGAGUCAUUUAUUUAUUUAUUUAUUUAUUUAUUUAUUUAUUUUUUAUGUUUUCAUUAUUUUGUUUUAAAACAGAGGUAGGGUGGUCCGGGAAGUGGUGCAGUGGAUAAAGCAUUGGAUUCUCAAGCAGCAGGUCCUGAGUUCAAUUCCCGGCAGCACAUGUACUAGAGUGAUGUCUGGUUCUUUCAGGGUCUCUCUCCUCCUAUCUUUCUCAUUAAUGAAUAAAUAAAAUUAAAAAGAAAAACAGAGGUAGAUUAGCCUUUUUUCUGUCAAGAACCACUGAGAUAAUAAUAUCAUUCUUGGACCAUACAAAAAUUGCCAACUGAAAAAUUAGCAUUUAAUGUUAUUAUGGAAAAAGCAUUUUGAGUUCUGCCUGCUCUUGUGUCAGCAGGACCUCUGAUCCCCACUCAUUAGAAAAAAAAGGAAGGUGAGCAGGCGGUAGCAUUUAACUGGGUUAAAUAUACGUAGUAUGAAGCUCAAGGAGCUUCACAAGGAUCCUGUUUCGAGCCCUGGGUUCCCCACAAAAAGGGAGUAGUGAAGCAGAUCUGCAGGUGUCUUUCUCUCCCCUCUCUGUCUUUCCCUCCUCUGCCAAAUACUCUCUGUCCUGUCCAACAUCAACAAAAAUGGCCACCAGGAGCAGUGGAUUUGUAGUGCAACCACCAAGCCCCAGCAAUAACCCUGGAGGUAAAAAAAAAAAAAAAAGUCUUUUCCUAUUGAUAGAUGUUUUAUAUUAGAAACUACUGAGGUUUGGAGACUUGCAAGAUAAGUCACCUGGAUAAUAUACCUGCUUUGUCAUACUGACCCAGAUUCUAGCCUGGCUUUCCACUGGAAGGAAUUUUGGUGCAUGAUAUCUUUGUCUUUCUCUGUAUCUCU